GUUUACGCUCAGAAGUCUAAUCUCUGACAAAUUUGCAUAACAAACCCCGAUUGCUAUGCAAAUAUUGAAAAUUUAAUCUAUUGAUAAGCUGCCUUUGGCGGUUAAAUUUUGAAUUUCGAAAGCUUAGCGGUAAAAAGCUUUGAACCCAACCCCUUAAAUCGAAAAGAAAACACAUUUAACAUCGCGGGAGAGAAGGCGAGUGCGCAGAGUAAAAAUGAGCGCCACAGAGGCACCCACCGGAAAUGCGGGACAAAGACGCGGCAGUCGGACUAGUGAAAAUAGUGAGAACAGCGCUUCCGGUGAUGCUAGGGAGCAUCAUCGGGACGAGGGGUCGGGCCGCACCGCCUGCCAGUGGGCGUGGCACGUGGUCAAAUCGACCUCCGUGGAGCCCACAAUGUUCCUGUACAUGUCCGCCUUCAUGAUCACCUCGGUGGUGGAGCAGAACUUCUUCCUUUACAAGUCUUGUCGGGUGAACAACAAUUUCACGGAGGAGAUCUGCCGCAAUCUCAAUAAGGCGGAAAACGAGGAGUACUGGAGAAAGUCAACAUCGACCAAUGCCCGGUUCCUCCAGUGGGAGAGCAUCUCCGCCCACGUUUUCACCAUUAUUUUGGCCCUUUUUCUGGGCUCCUUCUCCGAUCGUCGCGGCAGAAAGUUGCCGAUGCUCAUGGGACUGGUGGGCAAGUUCAUAUACUCCACGAUGAUAGUGGUCAAUGCCAGGAUGCCCACGUGGCCGGUGCAGUACAUCAUCUAUACGGCCACUUUGCCAUCGGCCUUGACGGGUGCGGAUGUGGCCAUUUUUGCCUCCUGCUUCGCCUACAUCUCGGACAUUUCCACGCUGGAGCAGCGCACCAUUCGGGUGACCAUUCUGGACGUGAUCUAUCUCAGUGCCAUGCCCCUGGGCGUGGCCCUGGGAUCGCAUCUCUACUACAAUGUCUUCAAUCAGUCCUACGCGGACAUGUUCACCGUAAACGCCUCGCUUCUGGCACUGGCCAUUAUCUACACUUUGUGCGCCCUGAAGUGGCAGACGACUCCCAGACAGCGUUCGUUGAGGGAACUUGGCUGGUGUGGAUUCUGGGGCGACUACUUCGACAUGCAGCACAUGAAGGACUCGCUGACGGUGCUGGCGAAACCGCGAAAAGGCCACAGACGCAGCUUUCUCAUUAUCCUGAUGAUCAGCAUGGCCCUGUACACAUUCCAGCGGGACGAGGGGCAUUACCUGUACAUGUACACCCAGGGCAAGUUCAACUGGGAUGUCAGUGCGUUCAGCAACUUUAAGACCUUCAAGUCGUCAGCCUACGUGAUUGCCAUGCUACUAGGGGUGCCACUAAUGAACAAGCUUCUGGGUUGGAGUGAUACGGCCAUCGUCUUUGUUGGCACCUGGGCCCAUUCGAUAGCCCGAUUGUUCUUCUAUUUUGCCACCAAUACUGAUUUGCUCUACGCUGGAGCCGUGGUCUGUAGUUUGGGUCCGAUUGUGGGUCCCAUGAUCAGGGCCAUGGCCUCUAAAAUUGUACCCACAUCGGAGCGUGGAAAGGUAUUUGCCCUACUCUCUGUUUGCGAUAAUGCGGUGCCCCUUAUCAGCGGUGUUUGCUAUUCGCAACUUUAUCUGGCCACCAUGAAUACCAAUUAUGGAGGAACUGUCUUUAUGCUAACUAUUGCCACCCAGAUAGCUGUCUUUGUACUGACACUUUGCAUUCAUAUUAUUUUGGGCAAGAACUCACUGGCCGUUCCAGAAGUUCCAGAGAAGGAAAGCGGACUUAUAAGCCAAAAGGAGGCUAUCCAGGAGACGACUUCUGAGGAGGAUAAAAGUUAGCUAGGCUUUUACGAAUUACACACUAUGAUUCCUAAAAAAGACAUGAGACAUUGGAAAUGUUUCUCUUCGAUAUCAAUCCCAUAAAAGCACCUUCAAUAAAUAUAAUAUAUUUUCCUAA